GUAAUCUGCUUUUAAUGUUCAUGGUAGUUUCUCAUAGAUGUUGUGCUUGUUCCCAUUUGAUAAUUAGACCACAGUAGAUUCCAAAAGUGUGUUUUCAGGAAGCGUAUGCAUUUUCCACUCUGCAUUUAUUUACUUUUCAGGGUCAUGACCUAUAUUGACCUUUCAAACUGUUCAGGGUAUUGUAUUGCAUACUAAGCAAACUUUGUUGUGGGUUCACUAUUGACCUACAUAAAGAGUGAAAACGCAGAUAUCCUUUAAAAAGCUAUGUGAAAUACAGAAAAAUAAUUUCUUCAUUUAUUUUAGAUUGUGGUUAGUUUAUUUGUGUCUUUUUUUACUUUUAAAAUCAUCACAACAAACCAUAAUUAUGAUGUUUGUCUUUCUUUUAUGUUGCUCUCUUCAAAGGGAAAUGGAAAACGCAGAUGUGUAGGCCUUCUUUAAUUCCCAUUAACACGAUCGUAUUUAAAUCAAUCUGUAUAUAGCCUAAUAUUUUGUAUUUCUGUUGAGUUCUGAUGAUAUAAAUGCUAAAUCUAAAUAACUGUAUAUUAAGAAUCAAGACUCCUCUUUUGCUCAGUCUCGAUAAUGAUGUUGCUUUAAUUCCAAUGGCAAACCAUAAGGUAAAACUUUUGCAAUGUGCAAAACAUUACGGUAAGUUUUUAACUUGCUAACUCUCUCUUUGUAAACUAACUGCUAAAUUCGAAUAAAUAUUAAAUGUGAAUAUAAAAAACUGUUCUAACCAGAUAAUGCCGUUUGUUUUCAAAAUAGCGUUGUGAAGAUGCGGAUCUCAUCUCUCACUCUGAAGUUCUUCAGUGCCGCUGUGGGCGUGGUUUACCAAAACAGACCGUUCUCCUAUUGGUCAAGUUACUCACUUGCUCUUCUGACAUUGGACCAUUGUGAACACGACGUAGCGGUAGUGCAAAAAAGAAAAGAAAAAGAAACCGCGUUCAUUGUGGCUCCAGAAUUCAGGGGCAAGUGCCUGUUUCUCAAGAAACACGGAGCCAACAUGGCGACCGGGCCGAGUCAGUUUCCCUCACCGUUUUAUAUGAAAACAGCUGAAAAAGUAGGAGGGUAGUGUAGCGGCAACAACAUCGGAGUCACAUGAUUCAAAAAGCCAGGCUGCCCUGUUCCAAUAUGGUGGUCAGCUUGGCAGAGCUGCGUCUCCCGUUGAUCAUAUCGUUCCUGUGCGGGUUCGGAGCCUGCAGCCUUCAAGAAACGCAGGUUUACGGACUGCGCCUGGAGGACUUAAACGAGCGGGUGUACAUGCGCGAACGGGUCCUCGUAGCUCCGCACGGGACCAUCUUCAAGCUCAGAUUGUUUGGGUCCUACCUGUCCAAUGAGACCUGGCCGUGGGUCGCGUUCGCCGCGGUUGGAGGCGGUUCAGUUGACCCGUGCGAGCUGGAGGAACGCCGCAACUCCUCUGCGUUCCAGGUACGCGGAGCGUUCAAGUCGGAUGACGAGAACAGCGGGAUUAUAGAAGUCCAGACCGAAGCUGCAGCAUCCGAUCCGGGGAAUAAAGAUGCAGAGCCCGAGUUCCAUCAUGUUUGCGUCUUAAAGGGCCAGACAUGGGGGUCUUUUGGGUCGGACAAGUUGAUUAUUAAGAACCCGGCUGUGCCGUCAGAUUACAUUCCAUUAUGGGGUCUGAUUUUAGUGGUUGUGCUUCUGGUUUUGGUUUGCUGUGUGGUUAGAUGUGUGAAUCUGAGUUUGCUAUGGCUGGACCCACUGGAGCUGUAUGUUCUGCACAGCUGUGGUUCGGAGGAUGAAAAGCGGGCAGCCAAGCGCCUCAAGCCUAUUCGAAGGAGAGGAAAUGUUCUGGUUUGUUCGCUCUUGUUUAUUUGUGCUCUGGGUCACUCUGUGCUCGGCGUCCUGUUGUACCGCCUCUAUGGGUCCAUCGUGCCUGCUGUGUUCACUAGUGGCUUCCUCAUAUUCCUUCUGGCUGAGCUGGUUCCUCAUAUUGUAUGUUCAGGUUAUGGGUUCCAGAUGGCACCGGGUUUGACAUGGCUGGCCCAGAUCUGUCUCAUCCUGACGUGUCCGCUUUCUUGUCCUCUCGGCCUCCUGCUGGACUUGAUCCUGCACCGGGAUGUGAGCACAGUCGGCAUCCGUGAGAAAACCAUGGAAAUGAUUCGGACUAGUGUGAACGAUCCGUAUAAUGAGUUCGUCAAGGUGGAGUUCAGUAAAGGCGCUCUCAGGACCAAAACCGUGGAGGACAUCCUGACGCCUCUGAAAGACUGCUUCAUGCUGCCCUCGACGGCCGUCCUGGACUUCAACACCAUGUCUGAGAUCAUGCAGAGCGGUUACACUCGCGUCCCGGUGUAUGAAGAGGAGAAGUCCAAUAUCAUCGAAAUCCUGUACGUCAAAGACCUGGCGCUGGUUGACCCGGAGGACCACACUCCCAUGACCACCAUCACCAAGUUCUACAACCAUCCUCUGCAUUAUGUUUUUAAUGACACCAAACUGGAUGCAAUGCUGGAAGAAUUCAAAAAAGGGAACUCCCACCUGGCCAUCGUUCAGAAGGUGAAUAAUGAGGGCGAAGGAGACCCCUUCUACGAGGUCCUGGGUCUGGUCACGCUGGAGGACGUCAUCGAGGAGAUCAUCAAAUCUGAGAUCCUGGACGAGUCUGAUGGCUACAUGGACGUGAAGGUGAAGCGUCCGAUGGCCCCGGUGGAGAUCCCUCUGGAGACACGCGGCGUUCACGACGAGUUCUCCAUCUUCAAACCUCCAGAGGGUGAACCAAAGAUCCGCACCUCUCCCCAACUAUUGCUGGCCACCCACCGAUUCCUGUCCCGAGAGGUGGAACACUUCAGCCCACAGCGUGUGUCAGAGAGAGUCCUGUUUCAUCUGCUGCGGCACCCCAGCGUCAACCAAGAAGUGAAGUUUGACCCCGCGGUCCGGCUCAGUCCUGAUCACUACCUGUACACCCGAAACCAUCCGGUGGAUUACUUCAUUCUGCUGCUGCAGGGCCGUGUGGAGGUGGAGAUCGGGAAAGAGGGUUUGAAGUUUGAGAACGGCGCGUUCACCUACUACGGCGUUUCAGCGCUCACAGCUCCCUCCUCAGUCCAUCAGUCUCCGGUGUCCACGCAGCAUCAGUCCCCCAGAGACCCCUUUGAUUUGGGAGACGCCACCAGCCCGUCCAGCUACUGUCCCGACUACACUGUCCGAGCCCUCACAGACCUGCAGUUCAUCAAGGUGACCCGUCUGCAGUACCUCAACGCUGUGAUGGCGUCGCGGGUAGCACAGAGCCCCGACCCGCCUGAAAUCAAGAUCCUGCCCAACAGUCAAACCAAACUCCUGAACGAGAAAAACACCACUCAAGGUGCGAGCAAGAGCCAGGAAUCUAGUCCAGACGAGGAGCUUCACAGCCAGAGAGGAGCGUUUUGACCUUCCACCUAACCCUCCUGCAGAACUCACAAGGAUCUUAUUGUGACAGCUAAUUUGUUUUUGUCAUCUUAAGUGAACCUUUUACUCCUGGAGUGCAGCGAUUGAGCCAGAUGCAGGACUGCUGAAAACAAAAGACUUGUUCAUUCUGGUCAAACCGGAUCCGUUCUCACUCUUCUCCUUAUUAAGCCAUUCCCUCUGAUGUCACUUCCUCUGUUUGAGCUCACUUAUUUCUACAAGAUGUGUGCGUGUACAUAUGUGCUAAUAAAUUAAAUGGUGUGCCAAGAUUUUGCUAUCCCUGUCGUAUCAUAUAAACGGUAUAUACAGCCCUGAAUUGUUAAGCCCUUAUGUGCCAAAAUAGUCAUCCUCAUGUCAUUCCAUACACAUAAUCUUGUCUUUUCUGUUUAAUAAUGACUGCAGCUUCAUUGAAGCACUCAAAUGUCAUUCUCCAUAUGUAUUUGAACUGUCAAACCCAAGAAACAAAUCUGAACACAAAUACAAUUUUAGAGCUUUUGGGGGAAGUACACGCUUAAAAACAAAGGUUUUGUAUAGUGGUUCCACAGGUGCCAGUAAAGAAAAUAAAGUUCUUUAUUGUUAACAUCCAUAGAAUCUUUCCAUUCCACAAAAAGUUUAGGCUUUAGAUUAUUCAAAAUGUUCUUCUCACACUCUUAAAAAUAAAGGUUCCAAAAGGAAUCAUUGUGUUCGUUAAAGAACCUUUCAGUGAACAGUUCUAAAAGGAACCAUCGAACAAUUUUUUUUAAAGCUUUCCCAUGCUGGAAUAACCUGAGCAUUCCAUUGGUUUAACAUGGAAUUGAUCUUAGCAGUAAUAAAAAUCCCAUGUUUUAGAGGUGGUAUCUAAUUUGAAAUAUAGAAACCUUGUUUAGAUGCUUGUUAAUGAGUCUAGAAGCUUUUCUGAUGUUCCGUUGUAAUGAAUCCGUUAUCCGCUCCAUCCGCUUGUCCUAUUAUAAGAUGCUUGGUUAAACAUUCUUAGUAGCUUAUUUUACAUUUUUACAACAUUCCACUUCCAGCUUAGACUUAUUCAAAUGUUUGGAAUAAUUGUUUGUUUGUUGUUUUUUUUCAACCAUUUUUCUUAUGCUCACCAAGUGAAAUAUGGUGAAAAUAUUAUUAGUUUUCUGUUUGAAUAUAUUUUAAAUUGUAAUUUAUUCCUGUAAUUCAGUGCUGAAUUUUCAACAUCAUUCCUCCAGUCUUCAGUGUCACAUGAUCUUCAGAAAUCAUUCUGAUAUGCUGAUUUGCUGCUCAAGAAAAAUCUUUCUUAUUAUCAAUGUUGAAUACGGUUGUGCUGCUUCAUAUUUUUGUGUAAACCAUGAUACAGUUUUCCAUUAUUUACUGAUGAAUAAAAGUGCAAAAGAACAGCAUUUAUUUGAAAUAAAAAUCAUAAAUGUC